CAGCAGCAGCAGCAGCAACCGCCGCCAUGGGAGUGCCGAAAUUUUACCGUUGGAUCUCGGAGCGGUACCCUUGCCUCAGCCAGGUGGUGAAGGAGCAUCAGAUUCCAGAGUUUGACAACUUGUACCUGGACAUGAAUGGUAUCAUUCAUCAGUGUUCACACCCUAAUGAUGAUGAUGUUCACUUCAGAAUCUCAGAAGACAAGAUCUUUGCUGAUAUAUUUCACUAUUUGGAAGUAUUGUUUCGCAUUAUUAAACCAAGGAAGGUUUUCUUCAUGGCAGUAGAUGGAGUUGCUCCAAGGGCAAAAAUGAACCAGCAGCGUGGCAGACGUUUUAGGUCAGCAAAGGAGGCAGAGGACAAAAUAAAGAAGGCAUUAGAGAAAGGAGAGACUCUGCCGACAGAAGCUAGAUUUGAUUCCAAUUGCAUUACACCAGGGACUGAAUUCAUGGCCAGGUUGCAUGAACAUCUGAAGUAUUUUGUAAAUAUGAAGAUUUCAACAGACAAAUCCUGGCAAGGCGUAACUGUCUACUUAUCAGGCCAUGAGACACCUGGAGAAGGGGAACAUAAAAUUAUGGAAUUUAUAAGGUCAGAGAAAGCAAAGCCUGACCACGAUCCAAACACAAGGCACUGUCUGUACGGUUUGGAUGCUGACUUGAUUAUGCUUGGACUGACAAGUCAUGAGCCACAUUUUUCCCUUUUAAGAGAAGAGGUCCGGUUUGGUGGCAAAAAGUCGCAAAGAGCGUGUGCCCCAGAAGAAACCACUUUUCAUUUACUGCACUUGUCAUUAAUGAGAGAAUAUAUUGACUAUGAAUUUUCACCAGUUAAAGACAAGAUAUCGUUUACAUAUGAAAUUGACAGAAUAAUAGAUGACUGGAUCUUAAUGGGCUUUCUUGUUGGAAAUGAUUUUAUCCCUCAUCUACCUCACUUUCAUAUUAACCAUGAUGCACUGCCACUGCUGUAUAGAACAUACAUGGAUAUUUUGCCUAAACUUGGAGGUUACAUUAAUGAAAGUGGGCACCUCAACUUACCUCGCUUUGAGAAAUACCUUACAAAAUUGUCAGAUUUUGACCGUGAGCAUUUCAGUGAAAUCUUUUUAGAUCUGAAGUGGUUUGAAAGCAAAGUGGGCAAUAAAUAUCUGAAUGAGGCAGCUGGUAUUGCUGCGGAAGAAUCAAGAAUGCAAAAGAAGCGCAAGGCUCAGGAAAAUGCUAUGUGCUUGGCUGCUUUGGAGAAAACUGACAAUGGAACCGUAGCAUCUUUAAAAACUUCGUUAGAAGAUGAGCCAGAAGAUGAUGAUUUGUUUGAGACAGAGUUUAGGCAAUACAAAAGAACAUACUAUAUGACCAAGAUGGGUGUAGAAGUAGUUUCAGAUGCCUUUCUAGCUGACCAGGCAGAAUGUUACGUCCAGGCAAUACAGUGGAUAUUGCACUACUACUACCAUGGGGUUCAGUCGUGGAGCUGGUUCUACCCCUACCAUUAUGCACCUUAUCUCUCAGAUAUCUGCAACAUCAGUGAACUGAAAAUCCACUUGGAUUUAGGAAAACCAUUCAUGCCAUUUGAACAGCUUCUUGCAGUACUUCCAGCAGCCAGCAAGGAUUUGCUGCCAAAAUGCUACCAGCAUUUGAUGACUGGUGAAGAGUCUCCCAUUAUUGAAUAUUAUCCAACUGAAUUUAAAACUGAUCUAAAUGGAAAGCAACAAGAAUGGGAAGCAGUGGUUUUAAUACCAUUUAUUGAUGAGAAACGAUUGUUAGAAGCGAUGGGAUCCUGCAACAAGUUCUUGACAGCAGAAGAAAAGCAAAGAAAUAGGCACAGUGAAUGCCUGAUGUACUUCUAUGAUAAAGAUGCAGAGUUCCAGUACCUGUCUCCUUGGCCAGAGAAGUUCCCUUCCAUAGAAAGAUGCCAUGCAAAGCAUAAAGCUAUGUCUCUGGACGUCUGGCGUGUAGAUAUAGCCCAAAAUAAAAUAACUAAAUUGGAUAUGGAGAGGCUGUAUUUCUGUGGCUUUCCUACUCUGAAGCACAUUAAUCAUAAGUUCUAUCUGAAAAAAAGUGGGGUACAAGUUUUUCAACAGAGCAGCCAUGGAGAAAAUAUGCUACUGGAAAUAAUGGUUUCCAAUGAUUCAGAGGAACUAAAUGCUGAAAAUGUAGCCUCUUUGGUGCUUGGGAAAUCAAUAUUUGUUAACUGGCCUCACUUGGAAGAAGCCAGAGCUGUUGCUGUAUCUGAUGGUGAAACUAAGUUUCAGCUGGAGGAGCCUCCUGGAACACAGAAGCUCUAUAUGGGGAAUGCUUCCCCACCAACUAAAGCAACAUUUGUUCGAGAUAAAGAACAGAAUAUCUGGGUGAAAGAAAUCCAAGGAAUUUCAGAACAUUACCAGAGAAGAAAAGGAGUAAUCAUAAAUGAAACAUCUGCAGUUGUUUAUGCUCAAUUGCUAACUGGGCGUAGAUACCAGUUAAAUCAAAGUGGUGAAGUGUAUUUGGAGAAGCAGUGGUCCAAGCAAGUUCUGCCUUUUGCAUACCAAACAAUUGUCAGGGAUAUAAAGGCCUUCAAUACCCGCUUCCCCAAUCUCAAAACUUUGGAUGACCUCUUCCCUCUGGGAUGUACAGUCUUCAUGCUGGGAUCACCUUAUUAUGGCUGCACAGGAGAAGUUCAGGAUUCAUGCGAUGUUAUCUUGGAAGGCAGAAUUCGUGUUGUUUUCAACAUUCCAUGUGAACCUCAGCUGGAUGCCUUAAUACAGAAUCAGCAUAAAUACUCUGUGAAGUACAAUCCUGGAUAUGUAUUGGCCAGUCGUCUUGGAGUGAGUGGCUAUCUUGUUUCGAGAUUUACAGGAAGCAUUUUUAUUGGAAGAGGAUCCCGGAGAAAUCCACAUGGAGACCAUAAAGCAAAUGUAGGGUUGAACUUAAAAUUCAAUAAAAAGAAUGAAGAAGUCCCUGGCUAUACCAAGAAAGUUGGAAACGAGUGGAUGUAUUCCUCAGCUGUAGAGCAACUCCUUGCUGAAUAUCUAGAAAGGGUCCCAGAACUUUUUAGUUACCUAGCCAAAAAUGGUCAGGAGGACAUAUUCUACGAAGAUGACAUUUGGCCAGGUGAAGAAGAGAAUGGUGCUGAGAAGGUUCAAGAAAUCAUGGCGUGGCUAAAGGCUCAUCCUGUCAGUGCACUGUCUCGUUCCUCUUGUGAUUUGCAAAUUUUGGAUAUGGCUAUUGUCGAAAAGAUUGAAGAAGAAGUAGAAAAGUGCAAGCAAAGGAAAAGCAAUAAGAAAGUGCGUGUGACAGUGAAACCUCACUUGUUAUUCAGGCCUUUAGAACAGCAGCAUGGAAUUAUACCAGAUCGAGAUGCAGAAUAUCGACUAUUUGACCGUGUUGUUAAUGUGAGAGAGAGUUUUUCCGUUCCCCUUGGACUUCGUGGCACUGUGAUAGGAAUUAAAGGAGCCAGCAGAGAAUCUGAUGUUCUGUAUGAAGUACUGUUUGAUGAAGAGUUUCAUGGAGGCUUAACAAUAAGGAGCUCACCUGGCAGAGGGUACCGCAUUCCAGCCAGUGCCUUAAUCAACCUUUCUUAUGGUAAUCGGUCUGAAACAGGAAAUCAGAAGCUAACUGCCAUAGUUAAACCUCAGCCAGCUGUGAGUCCCUACAGCUCAUACUCACCCGAAUCAUUUUCUGUAUCUACACAAAAAGCACAUCAAGGAAGUCUCAACCAUUCUCCUCGCUCCCUCUUUGUUCCAACUCGACAAGUGAAUGGAAGACAGCAUAACAAUCCCAAGGUUGAAAUCCAAGGCAAUUCAAAUUCCCUCCAGAAAGGAGCAUAUUUAAGCAGCAAUCAGAAACACAAAGCUCAAGAUAAGCAAGAUGAUGAAUUUUGCAGCAUAUGGCAAUCAUUGCAGAGCUCUGGAAAGUCUCAGUCUGCCCAACAUGAAAGGCAUGAGAAGGGUGGAAUUUUACCUCAAUACAUAAAGCUAAAUACGGGUGGUCAGUUCUGCAAACCAGGCUUCAAUGAAAGUAGCUUCAAAGGUCAGCAAAGAAAACAGGAAUCUUUCAGGAAGUCUAAAGACGACUCUAAAGGUCCAAGAACUGACAGCCAAACACAUAAAGGAUCAAAUAAACCGAAUUUUGCAGGUGCUAAUAAGUAUAGUGUGAAGCUAUUGAAGAGGAAUGAAGCCACCAAUGAGCCAGUAGAACCAAAGCCUGCAGUUAACAAUCCCAGUAUAACCGAGAAGAACGGAUCUGAACUUGAAGACAUUCUGGCAUCUUUGAAAAUUUUCAAAGAAAAAGAGGUGCCACAGUCAUAUCCCAAGGAACCAACUAAUGAAGAACACUUGUCUCCACAGUCUUUUGCUAUGAAAGGAACACAGAUGCUCAAAGAAAUUUUGAAGAUAGAUGGUUCUGACACAGCAGAAGCAAAGCCAGUGGUGAAUGAAGUGUCAGCUCCAACUUGUAGGCAGGAUUCUUGUGCGCCUACCUCACAACAUGCCAAAAAGAUGGCUGCUUUCAUGAACAAAUCCCCUGGCACAGCAGGACCUCAGAACACUCAGGGCAUGGAGGUUGGAGGCCACCCACUACUUGGACCACCAAACUCAUUAUCCACUCCAGUAUCUGAGCUUUCUCGUAUCUGUUCCCUUCUGGGAAUGCUGCAGCCAGAUUUCUCAUUUCUUAGAACACCACAGACGAUGACAGUUUGUCAAGUAAAGCUAUCAAAUGGUUUAUUAGUACACGGACCUCAAUGUCACUCUGAAAAUGAAGCUAAGGAGAAAGCAGCACUUUUUGCUCUGCAGCAGUUGAGCUCUGUUGGGAUGAACUUUCCUCUUCCACCACCACCUGUAUUUCCAAAUUAUCAACCCAUGGGAGCUCUUGUGCCUCCUGGAUCCAUUCCUCCAGUCUUCACCCAGCACACUGCUAAUUUGUUUCCUUCACCACCUCAUGCGUUUGGCCCAGUGCCAUGGGGAGCACCAGUUCCAGUCCAUGGGAAACCUUACUUUCCUGGUUCCUAUCCUGGGAAUAUGCCUUUUGCUGGCACUGUACCAGCUGGUGCACACAAUCAGUUUAUACCCUUGCAGGUAACUAAGAAAAGGGUUGCCAGCAAGACUAAUGUUGAGCCAAAGGAGUUCCCAGGUUCUCUUCAAAAUGUGCAGUUAAAGAAUGAACAGUCAAGCAUUGACACUACAAAAAUGAACCCACAGGAUGCUUCUUCAGAACAUUUAAGGUCUCAUCAAGCUGCUCCAUCUUUCCAAGAGAAAAUGGCUCCUCCAGGCUCAGUUGCAUCUCGUAAGAAAUCAACACCAAAUGUGUCUACCAAGCGAAAGCCCAGAAAAUUGGCUGUCAAUUUUGGUGCACCCAAAUCAUCAGAAUAAGUAUGGGUCAUGGAUUACUUUACAUUUCCUUAGUGUUAUAAAACCAAUAAAUAUUAUUUAAAAA